ACUCGCAAACGCAGGGAAAGGGUGAGACCUUUCAAAGCAGCCAAGUGGGCGAGCUUCCAGCAGCAGUCUGGGAGUGAGCGAGCGGCAGAGCCACCAAGCCAGGCAGGCGGCGGGGCAUCGGGCCUCUCGUUUCAAUUUCUGUUCAGUUCUCCUGUAAUGGAAAAUUGCUUUGCACAAAGCUAGAGUGUUACAGUUCUUUCCAGUGCCCCUCCCCCGCCCCGCCCUCCCCCCCACCGCCAGCCUUCGGAUCAGAGGGACAGCGCCCGCCCGCAGGAAAGUGGAAGGAGGGUAGUUGUGGCUUCUUACUAUGUCCUUUGCUUCAGGCCCUGGCCCCGGGUGGUUACUCUUUUCCUUUGGAAUGGGGCUGGUAUCAGGGUCCAAGUGUCCAAAUAAUUGUCUGUGUCAAGCCCCAGAAGUAAUCUGCACAGGGAGGCAGUUAACCGAAUACCCCCCUGACAUCCCCCUGAACACCCGGAGGCUGUUGCUGAACGAUAACAGAAUCACUAGUUUGCCAGCAAUGCACCUAGGACUCCUCAGUGACCUUGUUUACUUGGACUGUCAGAACAACCGGAUUCGAGAGGUGAUGGAUUAUACCUUCAUCGGGGUCUUCAGACUCAUCUACCUUGACCUCAGCUCCAACAACCUAACCUCAGUCUCCCCAUUCAGCUUCUCGGUGCUCAGCAACCUGGUGCAGCUGAACAUUGCCAACAACCCUCACCUGUUAUCCCUCCACAAGUUCACCUUUGCCAACACCACCUCUCUGAGACACCUGGACCUCAGAAACACCGGCCUGCAGACCUUGGACCGCACUGCCUUCCAUCACCUCACGGUACUUGAGACCCUGUAUCUGAGUGGAAACCCCUGGAAGUGCAACUGCUCUUUCCUGGAUUUCGCCAUCUUCUUAAUCGUGUCCCACAUGGAACUCUCAGACGAUCUAAAUGCCACGUGCAUGGAGCCCACAGAGCUGAAAGGGUGGCCCAUCACGCGGGUGGGGAACCCACUCCGGUACAUGUGCCUCACGCACCUGGACCACCAAGACUACAUCUUCCUGCUGCUCAUCGGCUUCUGCAUCUUCGCCGCGGGAACUGUGGCCGCCUGGCUCACGGGCGUGUGCGCCGUGGUCUACCAGAACGCCCGCCGCAAGUCCAGCGAAGACGAUGCCGAGGACGAGGCUGGGCACAGGGUGGAUGUCGGCGGGCGUAUUUUUUUUCACAGCAGGGCUAACUCGAGCCAGGAGUUCCCUCAGCUUAUUUAGUUGCCAGAGGCCACCAUCUAUGUGCCUUUCCCAGCCUCCCUGCUUUCUCUCUUGCCCUCCCCAACCCACCACCUCAGAGCUGUCUUCGAGAUUGAACCCUAUUAGUAAAAUAAAUAAAAUAUUUGGUGGCCA